AUGGAUCCACAGAGCAGUAAUGCACGAAGGACAUAUGGUAUUGAAAUUGAAGAUGCUGAAGUCCAUGGCGUUCAUGAUGCUGCUGAGCAUUUGAGGAAUCCGACAUCAGACAACCACGUUCUAUUAGAUGAUCAGACCAAGGAAAGAUUGUAUAUUCCCGAGGUAGCUUCAUCAUGUGUUCCCGUUAUAGGAAUGGAAUUUAGUUCCAUUCAGCAAGCAUAUGUUUUUUAUCAGACAUAUGCCAAGAAGGCAGGGUUCUCUGCUCGAAAAGGAGGUGAACAUCAUAGUGGUGGUAUUAUCAAGACUAAAUACUUUGUGUGUUCAAAGGAGGGGCAUAAACCACAGGCUUUUGAUGAUCCUUAUUCGAAGUUGUCUAAGCCGUAUAAAAGUAGGAACAGACCGAUAUUCGAACCGGGUGUAAAGCACAAAUUAAGCUUUGUUCAACGGAUGGGGUGUUGUAUAAGGCAUCUUUCCGAAACACAAGAAGAUAUGAUAUGGGACCUUGGUACUUUAAAUCUUGGGCUAGUGAAAGCCUUCAAUAUAAUGAGACAAAGAUACGAAGGUAUUGAGAAUGUUGGCGCAGCUAAAGACGACUGCAAGAAUUUUAGAGCUAGGAUACUUAGCUAUAUAGGAGAGUAUGAUGCAGAUAUGGUUAUCAAUAGGUUGACCGAUAAAAAGCAGUUUAUGGUUGAUUAUUCAUUUGUACAUUCAGUUGAUGAAAACAAGCGAUUAACUGGCUUGUUCUGGGCCGAUGGUUUGUGCAAACAUAACUAUGCUGAGUUUGGAGAUGUCAUAUCAUUUGAUGCUACAUUAAAAACGAACAAGUAUAAGAUGGUUUUUGUACCAUUUAAUGGUAUUGAUAACCAGUGUCGGAAUGUGACGCUUGGAGCCGGGUUGCUAGCAUCCGAAAGCUUUGAAUCAUACAAAUGGCUCUUACAAUCCUUUUUGGACUCAUUUGGUAAGCAGCCGAUGGUGGUCGUCACUGAUCAGGACCCGACGAUGAAACAAGCUAUCGAGGUUGUGUUCGAUAAGAGUAGGCACAGGUUAUGUAUGUGGCACAUAAUGAAGAAAGUUGCCGAUAAGGUGGGACAAGAGUUGUGUAACAAUGAAGAUUUCAAGAGACGUAUGUGUGACAUUGUGUGGACUGAUUCGAUUGCGCCAGAAACGUUUGAGAGAGAAUGGAAACUGAUAAUGAUUGAAUUCGGUCUAACCGAGAAUAAAUGGAUUGACGAUAUGUUUGGCAUGAGAUCUUUGUGGAUUCCAUCUUUCUAUCGUCAUGAGCCUAUGUCUGGGCUCAUGCGGACCACCUCCAGAUCAGAGAGCGAAAACCAUUUUUUCUAUUACGUGGCGAAUUCUCAACUUACCCUUGUUGAGUUUUUUUAA